GCGGACAAAAUCUCUCUCAUGCCAAAGGAUGUCAUAGACAAGAUGAAGAACAUCAGGGCAGAAGCCAGCAGACUGAAAAUCCCUCAAGUUGUUGUCAUGACCAUGCCAGACAAGGCUUGUGAGCUGGUGAACAAGGAUGUGAAGAGAAUCUUCUACAGCAAGGCAAUCAAAGAGAAGAUGGAGCUCUGCAGUAAUUUGCUAGGCGUUCCCAUGAACUGCAUCCUGCCGGUGAAGAACUACCACGAGGAGGGGAUGCUGGAUAACGACAUGGAUAUCCUGAUACUGAACGCCAUGACUCAGAUUAUGAACUUUGCCAACGACUACCUCUGGAACCUCCAACAACAUGCAAAUCAAAAAUAGAAUGAGUGUUAAGAGAUUAGUGAGCACUGCAGUU